UAAAAACAAAUGUUAAACAAAUGUUGGGCUAUAUUUGUUGAGUUUGAACUGCUUUGUGAAAGUAGGCUACUGUUUUGUCAACUUCAGCACAACGGGAACAGGAAAAAGUGCGCCUAUGCAGGCUACUUGUAAUGUAGUCUAUGAGUGACUUGUCUAGUUUACCCUUUGCAAAGCGAAUUAUUGAAUGGUUGUUUAGCGAACCGAAACGUCACAUUCUCAUCUCGGGGAAUGCUUUACUUUAAACUACUUUAUUUGCUAACGUAGCAUCAAAUAGAGAUUGGUGUCGGUUGUAGUUUCUGAUUGGUGAACUUCGAGUGGUGGUGUAGCUGGUUUGGCUUGUGUCCCAAAACUAGAGUACUGUCAAAAGAUCUGGGAGCUGUCGCAUAGUCAAGCUGGUCCGAACUCUCACUAAAAUGUAAGAGAGAGGCAUACGUGUCUGUAUUGUAUUCACCGGCCCGUCUUAAUUAGUGAACUUCAACAUGAGCGGCGAAAAUGAAAAACCCUCCUUGGUUUAUGGCGAAAUCAAAGACAAUCAAAAUGUGUUAGAUCUGGAAAAAAUUACAAUUAUGAAGUCUGCCGUUGACAGCGAGGACGUGCGCAUGGAGCACAAGACACGACUCAACCAGAACGGGGACGAUACAAACCAAACCAUCAAACUAUACAAGCGGCGAUGGUUCAUCGUGUUGCUAUUCAGCUCGUAUUCUCUCUGCAACUCGUUCCAAUGGAUCCAGUACGGAAUUAUCAACAACAUUUUCAUGAGGUUCUACGAUGUAGAGUCUUUCACUAUAGAUUGGAUGUCUAUGAUAUACAUGUUGACUUACAUCCCCUUCAUAUUCCCGGUCACCUGGCUACUGGAUAAGAAGGGUCUCCGUGUCAUUGCGCUGGUGGCUACAUCCAUGAAUUGCGCGGGGACUUGGAUCAAAGUGACCAGUGUGAGACCCAACCUGUUCGCAGUCACCAUGCUCGGACAGUUCUGUUGCUCCCUUGCGCAGGUGUUUAUCCUUGGGAUGCCGUCGAAGAUCGCCUCGGUGUGGUUUGGGUCGGAGGAGGUGUCCACCGCUUGCUCCAUCGGGGUCUUCGGAAACCAGCUGGGUAUAGCCAUCGGGUUCCUGGUCCCUCCCAUCCUGGUGCCUAACGUUGAGGACAUGGAUCAGCUGGCCUAUCACAUCAGUAUCAUGUUCUACAUCACAGCAGGAGUUGCUACCCUGCUCUUCCUACUGGUCGUCAUGGUGUUCCAGGAGCGUCCGGAGCUCCCUCCCACCCAGGCCCAGGCCACAGCUCGCUGUAUCUCUCCAGAACAGUACUCCUACACCGCCUCCAUCCUCAGGCUGCUCCGAAACAAACCCUUCCUCCUCCUCAUCCUCACAUACGGACUGAACGUGGGCUGCUUUUAUGCUGUGGGCACGCUACUGAACCGCAUGAUCAUCGAGCACUACCCUGGUGAAGAGUUGAAUGCAGGGAGGAUAGGUCUCACCAUCAUUAUCGCUGGCAUGGUGGGAUCACUGAUCUGUGGCAUCUGGUUGGACAGAACCAAAACAUACAAACAGACUACCCUGACGGUCUACCUCAUGUCCUUCGUAGGGAUGUUGGUCUAUGCCUUCACCCUCAGUCUGGGUCAUCUCUGGGUAGUCUUCCUCACCGCUGGAGCUUUGGGGUUCUUCAUGACAGGCUACCUGCCCCUGGGCUUUGAGUUUGGAGUGGAGCUGACCUACCCCGAGUGUGAAGGAACCUCUUCAGGCCUGCUUAACUGCUCUGCACAGGUGUUUGGUAUCAUCUUCACUAUCUGCCAGGGGAAGAUCAUAGAUAACUACGGGACGCUGGCAGGAAACAUCUUCCUCUGCGUCUUCCUCUUCAUUGGAUCGGUCCUCACAGGCUUCAUCAAGUCAGACCUGCAGAGACAGAAGGCCAACCAGUUAGCCAAGGCAGCUGUGGAAGGAGAGCUCUCUGGUCAGCAGCAGGACUACGGGGCCACGGCUCUAAUCGACAAGCCAGACUGCCCUUCUGCUUCUCUUCAGGCUUGAUCACUAACCCAUAUACCCUAUAACCCCUACUCUCUUAGCUCGAACAUCAGACGGGCCAAGGUCCCGUCAGACCCAGAGGAUGGGAACAUGUCUGCCCCUGCAGUCCUCGACGAAACCAGGUUUUAGAGACGGACGAUCUGCUGGACACACACACACACACACACACACACACACACACACACACACACACACAGUGGCUUGGCUUAAAGUAUUCAGACCCCUUUGUCCACAUGUUGCCUGCGUUUAAAAUGCAUUACAUUUAGAUUUUUGGUCAUAAUGUCAAAGUUAAAAUGCAGUGCCAGUCAAAAGUUUGGACAUUCAAAAGGUUUUUAUUUUUACUAUUUUCUACAUUGUAGAAUAAUAGUGAAGACAUCAACUAUGAAAUAACACAUAUGGAAUCAUGUAGUAACCAAAGAAGUGUUAAACAAAUCUAAAUAUAUUUGAGAUUCUUCAAACUUGCCACGCUUUGCCUUGAUGACUGCUUUGCACACUCUUGGCAUUCUCUCAACCAGCUUCAUGAGGAAUGCUUUCUCAACAGUCUUGAAGGAGUUCCCACAUAUGCUGAGCACUUGUUUACAGCAAUUCCUUCACUCUGCAGUCUGACUCAUCCAAACCACCUCAAAAGGGUUGCUGUCGGGUGAUUGUGGAGGCCAGGUCAUCUGAUGCAGCACUCCAUCACUCUCAAAUAGUGCUUACACAGGCUGGGGGUGUGUUUUGGAUCAUUGUCCUGUUGAAAAACAAAUGAUAGUCCCACAAAGUGCAGACCAGAUGGAAUGAUGUAUCGCUGCAGAAUGCUGUGGCAGCCAUGCUGAUUAAGUGUGCCUUUUAAUUUUAAAUAUAUCACUGACAGUGUCACCAGCAAAGCACCAUAACACCUCCUCCUCCAUGCUUCACAGUGGGAAAUACACAUGUGGAGAUCAUCCGUUCACCUACUCUGCGUCUCACAAAGACACGGCGGUUGGAACCAAAAAUCAGACCAAGGACAGUUUUCUCUUCUUAUGGAUGAGUGUUCCUGUGCAGGAACCAAAGCAGCGGAAAUUUUAGAGCGCCACCUAUAGUUUUUGAUAAAACUCAAACUUUCAUUAAAACACACAUGCAAGGUACUGAAUUAAAGCUACACUCGUUGUGAAUCUAGCCACCAAGUCAGAUUUGUAAAAUGCUUUUCGGCGAAAGCAUGAGAAGCUAUUAUCUGAUAGCAUGCACCCCCCAAAAUACCUGAACGUCACCUAAAACAACAGAUUCUGCGGUAGCCGGCGCUACACAAAACGCAGAAAUAAAAUAUAAAACAUUCAUUACCUUUGACGAGCUUCUUUCUUGGCACUCCUAUAUAUCCCAUAAACAUCACAAUUGGGUAUUUUUCCCGAUUUAAAUCCGUCAUUGUAUAGCCAAAAUGUCAUUUUCUGAAGACCGGUCUGAUCCAGGAAUAUUCCCUUUUACAAGACGCGUCACUUUUUAAAAUUACAAAACUUGCCUAUAAACUUUUACAAAUCACUUCAAACUACUUUUCUAAACCAACUUUAGGUAUUAAUAAACGUUAAUAAUCUAUCAAAUUGAUCACGGGGCGAUCUGUAUUCGAUAGCAGCAAGUCUUGAAAUCAUCGUCCAUGUUUUGACUUUCAUAACAUCCUGAGGUGCGCCCCAAGACAGGAAGUGCCUAUACGUCAUCUAACCAAGGAUAAAGCAGGCAUGAAAUGCCAGUACUGGCGACAUCGUGUGGAAGCUGUAGGCGUUGUAAUGGUAACCUCAUUUAUUUUCUGUCGCCUUAGACAAUACAUUGACUGGCGGAUGAAUAUUUUUUGUGUGUUUUUGGUGAACAGUUUUCCCUGGGAUUUUUACUCCUAAACACGUUCUGUUAUAGCCACAGACACGAUUGAACCAGUUUUAGAGACUUCAGAGUGUUUUCUAUACACACAUACUUAUCAUAUGCAUAUACUAUAUUCCUGGCAUGAGUAGCAGGACGUUGAAAUGUUGCACGAUUUUUUACAAAAAGCUGCGAAAAUUCGCAUCAUCCCUAACAGGGUGGUCUAAUGUCCGUUGCUCGUGUUUCUUGGCCCAAGCAAGUCUCCUCUUAUUGGUGUCCUUUAGUUGUGGUUUCUUUGCAUGAAUCAGGCCUUCAUGGUCGAAUUGCUGCAGUCUCCUCUGAACAGUUGAUGUUGAGAUGUCUCUUAAACUCUAAAGCAUUUAUUUGGGCUGCAAUUUCUGAUAACUGGUAACUCUAAUGAACACAUAUCCUUUGCAGCAGAGGUAACUCUGGGUCUCCCUUUCCUGUGGCGGUCCUCAUGAGAGACAGUUUUUUCGACUACACUUGAAACUGUCAACAUUAUAAAAUAAUUCCGUAUUGACUUAUCUUCAAAGGAAUGGACUGUCGUUUCUCCUUACUUAUUUGAGCUGUUCUUGCCAUAAUAUGGACUUGGUCUUUUACCAAAUAGGCCUAUCUUCUGUAUACCCCCCUUGUCAUAAUAUAACUGAUUGGUUCAAAUGCAUUAAGAAGGAAAGAAAUUCCACAUAUGAACUUUUAAAAAUUCACACCUGUUAAUUGAAAUGCAUUCCAGGUGACUACCUCAAUAAAGCUGGUUGAGAAUGCCAAGAGUGUGCAAAGCUGUCAUCAAGGCAAAGGGUGGCUACUUUGAAGAAUCUCAGAUUUAAAAUACAUUUUGAUUUUAACACUUUUUUGUGUGUUUUUUUUGCUUACUACAUGAUUCCAUAUGUGUUAUUUCUUAGUUUUGAUGUUUUCUAUUAUUCUACAAUGUAGACCAUAGCCAAAACUUCUGACUGGUACCUUUUUGUGUUUUUUAGCGACAUAAAGUAUAUAUUUUUCUCUUUUCAAGGUUUCAGUUGCAUUGAAGUAUUACUAAAACUAUCCUAAAGACAUGGAACGCUUUUCAAAAUGUAUCCAUUGAGCUUUUAGUUUUUGAUGUUCUUAUUCUUAAAAAAAAAGCUCAUAUCUCCUUGGAGAAAUGUUUUUACAAAUGCUGAUUGCUUGUAAAAAUAUAAAUUGACAUAUAUAUAUAUAUAUGACAUAAUAAAAUAAUUAUUUUUCUAAGGUGCAUUAUUAACUUAAUGAAUGGUAGUAUUGAGUAUUUUUCUUUAAACAAAUCUGUUAAUUUUAUAGUAACACCAAUAACUGAUUUAUAGUUGUGUAUAACAGUUGUUGUUCAGUAAACAUGCAGUAUUUAUUUACCUGUUGAGUAGAUGUGACAUGUCUGACCUUUUAUGUUGUCAUAAAGAUUGGUUUCCUAAAGUA